CCCCAAGUGCACUUCCUGUGGCUCUCAGUCCCCGCAGCACGCAGAGAUGUGCCUCCACGCCACUGCUCCCACGUUCCCUGAGGAGCUGGGAGAGACCCAGUCUGAGUACUCAGAUUCCAGCUGCGAGAACGGGGCCUUCUUCUGCAAUGAGUGCGACUGUCGCUUUUCUGAGGAGGCCUCCCUCAAGAGGCAUACGCUGCAGACCCACAGUGACAAACCCUACAAGUGUGACCGCUGCCAGGCCUCCUUUCGCUACAAGGGCAACCUCGCCAGCCACAAGACCGUCCACACGGGUGAGAAACCCUAUCGCUGUAACAUCUGCGGGGCCCAGUUCAACCGGCCAGCCAACCUGAAAACCCACACCCGAAUUCACUCCGGAGAGAAGCCCUACAAGUGCGAAACGUGCGGAGCCAGAUUUGUCCAGGUGGCCCACCUCCGUGCCCACGUGCUCAUCCACACUGGCGAGAAGCCCUAUCCCUGUGAAAUCUGUGGCACCCGUUUCCGGCACCUUCAGACUCUGAAGAGCCACCUGCGAAUCCACACGGGGGAGAAACCUUACCAUUGUGAGAAAUGUAACCUGCAUUUCCGUCACAAAAGCCAGCUGCGUCUUCACUUGCGCCAGAAGCACGGUGCCAUUACCAACACCAAGGUGCAAUACCGUGUGUCCGCCACUGACCUGCCCCCGGAGCUCCCCAAAGCCUGCUGAAGCAUGGAGUGUUGAUGCUUUCCAUUCGAGCCCCUUCUCAGAAUCUACCCAAAGGAUACUGUAACACUUUACCAUGUUCAUCCCAUGAUGUAGUGCCUCUUUCAUCCACUAGUGCAAAUCAUAGCUGGGAGUGGGGGGGUGGGGGAGGGGCGGGGGGAGGGGGAGCCAAGGCCGCUCCCCUCCCCCACUGCCGUAAAACAUUAAGAAAAUAAUACUGCUUCUUCUCCUAUGUGUAAGGCGAACCAUGUCAGCAAAAAGCAAAUCAUUUUAUAUAUCGAAGCUGGGGGAGUAUGCAAAAGUUCUGACUUGACUUAGUCUGCAAAAUGAGGAAUGUAUAUGUUUUGUGGGAUCAGAUGUUUCUUUUGUAUGUAAAUGUGCAUUCUUUUAAAAGAAGAGACUUCGGUAUGUUAUCAAAGAGAGGGCUUUAAUUUUUUUAACCAAAGGUGAAGGAAUAUAUGGCAGAGUUGUAAAUAUAUAAAUAUAUAUAUAUAUAAAAUAAAUAUAUAUAAACCUAAAAAAGAUAUAUUAAAAAUAUAAAACUGCGUUAAAGGCUCGAUUUUGUAUCUGCAGGCAGACACGGAUCUGAGAAUCUUUAUUGAGAAAGAGCACUUAAGAGAAUAUUUUAAGUAUUGCAUCUGUAUAAGUAAGAAAAUAUUUUGUCUAAAAUGCCUCAGUGUAUUUGUAUUUUUUUGCAAGUGAAGGUUUACAAUUUACAAAGUGUGUAUUAAAAAAAAAAAGAACAAAAAAAGCUGCGGAAGGAAAAAUGUGUAGUUUUGUUCUAGUUUUCGGUUUGUAUAUACCUGUACAACGUGUCCUACGGUGCCUUUUUUUCAUGGAAGUUUUCAGCGGGGAACGACCGCACCAUCCCUUUUGGAAGUGUAGGCAGACACAGGGACUUGGAGUUAUCACUAACUAAGCUCUCUUUGGGAAUGUUUGUCUCAUCCCAUUCUGCGUCAUGCUUGUGUUAUAACUACUCCGGAGACAGGGUUUGGCUGUGUCUAAACUGCAUUACUGAGUUGUAAAAUAUAGCUGUACAAAUACAAGAAUAAAAUGUUGAAAAGUCAA